AUGAAAUCGGAUACUGCGAUGAAUUCAACCGCCAAUGGUACUUCCAAUAAUAAUAAUAGUAGUACUAAUAGUAAUGGCAACAAAAAUCUACUCCUUGGUUUAUCCUCCGUUGUACUGGCAUGCAGUUGUUCUGGUUUUGCUGGUGUAUUUUUUGAAAAGCUCUUGAAAAGUAGUCAUAAAAGUGUAGCUAUACGUAAUAUUCAGUUGGCAUUUUAUGGAGUGACUGUGGGAAUUAUAACAGUUUAUCUUAAAGAUGGACAAGCUAUACAUAAGAAUGGAUUUUUUUUCGGUUAUGAUUCUAUUGUAUGGUUGGCAAUUUUAAUCCAGUCUCUAGGCGGGUUGUUGAUUGCAGCGACGAUACGAUAUGCUGAUAAUAUACGUAAAGGCUUUGCCACUUCAUUGGCUAUUGUACUCACUUUUAUCUUGUCAAUAUUUUGGUUUAAUUUUCAACCGACAAUUUUAUUCUUUUUUGGUGCUGUUCUAGUUAUUAUAGCUACGGUUUUGUAUUCUGCUUAUCCACCUGCCACUGAUACUACUAAUAACAAGUUUGUUAGUAGUAGAAGUGAUGGUGAUAAUAGGUAUUUUGUAAAUUCACUUUUCAAUACAAAGUCGCAAGUGAAUAAUGAUUUUUCGCAUAAAUUAUCUAUUUGAUGAAUUGUACUCAUUUCCUUCGCUAUCUCCCUCUCUCUUUUUCUUUUUCUAUUGUGAUAUUGUUCUUUCUUUUUUUUAUAAAAUUGUGAUAAUUUUCUAUUCCUGCCUAAACACCGCCAAGGGCCCCCCUGGCCCGGCCCGCCUUCCCUCCAUUUUCUUCGCCUCAUUGUUUCACUGACUGCGGUAUGUACUGUCGUCAGGGAUGACAGACGGCGAUUCAAAAGAAAGAAAAGAAAAAAUUACUUUUGUAUGUUUGUUAUUUGAUAUUUUGUCUUCUUUAUGGUGGUGUUAAUUUUUAUAGACCAAAAUGGCUAGUGAUAUUGAUAAUAAUAAAUUUUAGUGCCUUUUGUAUUCUUAA